CAGCAUGUGCAGUCACGACUCGUCAGUUCAGUCGCUUGAAGCUUAGCAGUAGAUCUUUAAAGCAUCAUAACAAAGGCAGGACAUAGAUAAGUGAGUGUGGAAGGGAGUAAGAUGUCAGCUGAUUAUUAAUUAAUGUUGAUUGACUGAUUAAUCAAGGCGUCUGAUCAGUGCCAGCUUGUAGCCUCACCAGAUUUUGUGCUACUCUGUCACCUCAUCAUUAUUGUCCAGGCCCGUUAUGUCUAAUUAAGACAUGUUCAGCAGCAAGGCUCCAGAGGUACAGAGAUGUGGCUCACCUGUUUGCUUGUUGAGGAGUGUGGCAGUGUCUUAAGAAGCUCUUGAAGCUGAGAUCCGUGAUUCAAAGAGGUGUGGACAAAGGGGGAGCAACACCCUCUAAUAUCGAUGACUUCACCAGUGCAGGUCAGCUGAGCACAUGUUUCUCAUUCAGGAUGGGUCUACCUCUGGACAGCCCAGAAAGAAACACCGACACACAUAAAUGUGAGCAGUGGGGUGAGGGAGAGGAGAGCAAAAGCCAAACUGAAUCUUACAAAUGCAUGCCGCAACCCGUCAACAAGCAGAGAAGGAAAAGCAAGAAGAGACUGUGGAUCAACCUCACCAACUGCAAAUAUGAAAGUGUGUGGCGAGCUGCUCGUAGAUACGGCCUCAGAGAGGCGAUGGACGGUGAAGAUUGGACGCUGUUCUGGACCGACUGCUCAGUGUCUCUAGACCGUGUUAAGGACAUGAAGCGUUACCAGAAAAUAAACCAUUUCCCGGGGAUGAGCGAGAUCUGCCGCAAGGAUUCUCUGGCCAGAAACAUGAACCGCAUGCUGAAGCUCUUUCCCAAAGACUACAACAUCUUCCCCAGAACAUGGUGCCUUCCUGCAGAUUACAGCGACUUCCAUGCUUACACCAGGGCCAAAAAACACAAGACGUAUAUCUGUAAGCCUGACACCGGUUGUCAAGGCAAAGGCAUCUUCAUCACCAAAUCCAGUAAAGACAUCAAACCUGGAGAACAUAUGAUCUGCCAGGUUUACAUCUCCAGGCCUUUCAUCAUUGAUGGGUACAAGUUUGACCUGCGUGUCUACGUGCUCGUGACGUCAUGUGACCCAUUCAGCAUUUUCAUGUUCAAGGAGGGCCUGGUUCGCUUCUGUACCACAAAGUACAGCGAACCAAUGCUCAGCAAUGUGGAUGACGUGUGUAUGCAUCUCACCAACUAUUCCAUCAACAAGCACAGCGAGAAUUUUGUCCGUGAUGAGGAUUCUGGGAGCAAACGAAAGCUGUCCGCCCUGAACAAGCUCCUGGAGUCCAUGAACUACAGCACAGAGAAGAUGUGGAGCGACAUCGAGGACGUGAUCAUAAAGACUCUGAUCUCGGCCCAUCCCAUACUCAAGCACAACUACCAAACGUGUUUCCCCAACCACACCACCGGCAGCGCAUGCUUUGAGAUCCUAGGCUUCGAUGUACUGUUGGAUCACCGGCUCAAACCCUGGGUGUUGGAGCUGGACCGCGAGGUGAAGGAUGCUUUGCUGUACGACACUCUGGUUCUCAUCAACCUGAGCGCCUGCGAUCGUCGUAAGAUUACUAAAGAGGAGAGACGCAAGGUGAAGGAAAGGCUGCAGCAGCACCGCUCCAGAGAGGCCAGGUCAGAGGAGCUGCGUCAGUGCCAGGCAGCCACGGUGAAGCAGAUGGAGAGGUACGAGGCCAAACACCUGGGAGGCUUCAAGAGGAUUUAUCCCAGAGAGGGAGGGGAGAAAUACGACAAGUACUUUAAACACAGCAGCUCGCUCUUCCACGAGACGGCGGCAUCAAAGGCCAGAGAGGAGUGUGCCAGGCAACAGCUGCAGGAGCUGCGUCUGAAGCAGGAGCAGAAUGAGCACUACCAAAGGAGAGGCCGGAGGAGAGACUCGCAGGGGGAGACUGCAGGGGAAGGAGUCAAACCACGAAGGGCCCCAUCAGCCCCGACCCCCAUUUCUAACUGCGACCCAGCAUUGGUGAGGCUGUGUUUGAAGAUGCAGUACCCAAAUCCUCCUGUGUCCGGCCUGUCAGCAGCUCCGGAGUCUGCAGAGGUCCAAGAAGAGGAGCAGGAGCAUCUGGAUAAGGAGGAGGAGGAGGAGAAGGUGGUAGAAGAGAGGGAGGAGGAGAAAAAAGUGGUAUUAAUAGGCGACCACGAGCAGCUCGGCGUGCUGUACCAGAGGCAAAAACUAUUGCAGGACCUCGGGGUGGUGAGCCAGAUCCAGCAGCUGCUGCAGGGCCACAGAGAGGGAGGGGGAGCAAACGACUUCUGCUCCCAGCAGCAGAGAAAUCAUCAAAGGCAACACAGGAAGUUGGAUUCACUGACACAUUUUUGUCAAAGGACUAAAGAGCAGGACAUACCUGUGCAGCAGCUCGGGUCCGUCAUGACUCAGCAGCGUUUCCUCCGGCCCACUGUGCACCGCAGCUGCCCGAACGGCGAGUCCAAGAGCCACGGCAGAGCGGGAGAAAUACGCCGGAUCGUCAGCCCCCAGCAGGCG